AUGGUGGACAGAGUAAACACUAGCCCGCAAUCUGGUAAUGAGACGGGAUCUGUUGAUCUAAUGAAUCUGGAGAAUGGAGACUCAAAUACGAGCGCUCCUCCGGCAUCGUUUGAAGGUGGCAAAGAGAAACAAAAGUGUUUGACUGAGGCAGAACAGAAAGAGAUGACAUCAUCCAUUGCAGAUAUCUUCAAGUUGGAGGAAUCUGUAAGUGCAGAAGAUAUGGAUAUGGAUGAUGAUGCCGAAGAGGUGGUGGACAUAGAGGAUAGAGAGAGAAGGACGGAAAGAUUAAAGGCGGUACUGGGCACCUUGGCGCAAUUAUGGUGGCAAGAUUCGACGUCAAUCAAUGAAGCUGCAGAAAAGCUGGCGGAUGGAAGUAGAGAUCCAAAAUGGCGAGUACCUCUCGGAGACUCCGGUACAUUGAAUUUCUUUCUUGAGUUAUUAAGUACACAUACUUUACGUCAUGCUCUCAAACUUCAAAUAUUGCGUUUGGUGGGGAAUUCUUGUGCGGAUACAGAUGAAAACAGGGCUCGUGUGGUAGCGUCAAAUUGUAUACCCUUGAUCAUUUCUCAAUUGUCAGAUACCAAUUUACUCGCUUUUGCAAUACCAGUUCUCUAUAAUGUUUGCGUGGAUUAUGUUCCUGCUCAACAACAUGCGUCUAGUGCAUUUUUAAGCAAAGAACUCAUUACACUGAUUGCAAGUCCUAGAUUCAAAGAUAGCGUACAUUUCCUUGGAUACGUAUGUAAACUACUCGAUCUGCUUAUACAACAACCUUCCGAGCCAGAUACGGCACCAGAUGAUACGCCCAUGGUUCUAUUGAAACUGGCUUCAGACCGAGAAAAUCCAGUGGACAUGGAUGAUUAUAUCGCUCUUGUUAACACUGCUGUGGCGUACCUGGGACACGAAAAAUUCCAGAGAACAUUGGUCAAAACUCCCCAGGCGCUCGAUACCGCUCUAGCUGUUCUUGUCGAUUCGUAUACGCGAUUCGAUUCUCAUCCAUCAAUCGGCCCCUCAACAACACACGAGGACGAUGCAAAGCUAUUGUCGCAAAUGCGCAUCAACUUGAAUUCGGCCCUGUCUGAUAUCUCGGCCCUACCUGAAUUCAAAGAUGCAUGCCCAGUUAUAUCUCCAUUUUCUUCUUCGCUACGCCGAUGGUUAUCAAGCGAACAGAUACAAUUACAAGUCUGUGCUUGUAUUAUGUUAGGUAACCUUGCACGUAAUGACGAAGCUUGUGGAUUGUUUGUACACACGGCUCGAGUUCAUCUACCCCUCAUAUCUAUACUCAAGAACGUUAACGAUUCGCAAUUACUCCAUGCUGCACUUGGAUUUCUCAAAAACUUGGCGCUGCCUUUGAGAAACAAGGAAGUAUUAGGAAGCUCCGGUACCUUCGAAGUGCUUCCUAGACUUUGGCUUCUUGACAUCCUACAACCAAUUCAAUUAUCAUCCAUAUCUCUUAGUCGACAGCUUGUCAAUGGUUCCAUGGAAAACGUCGAACGAGUCUGUGCACGCCUCUCGACAGAUAAGGAUUCACCAGCUUACGAACGUUCAAACAUUUCUCUCCUAAUUGGCUUGUUCGAUCGAACAGAUGUAGAACCAAUCAAAAUGGAGAUCUCCCGUCUAAUUACAGCUGUAUGCCGAGUCUUCACAGCCUACAAAGGUCGACCGGCUGAAGAACUAAACGAGACUCGAAGAAAAUUUCUACUUCGCCAUCCUGACAUCGGACGGCCCUUAAGCUUCAUGGUCUCCCAAACUAAAUGGCCAAUUGUCAGAAGCGAAGGAUGGUUUGUAUUCGCUCUCAUGGCUAGAUAUCCAGAUAGCGCACAGUGCAUUAGCGAUAUGAUGCAAGACGUAACCGUCUUCCAACCUCUCGUCGAAAUGCUCACCGGUAAACCACUCCUCGAAUACAGGCCCGCCCUUGCAACUAAUACACCUUCAUCAAACUCAAAAAGCGGAUCUCCCGGAUCGUUAGGUCUCGAGCUUCAAAGCCCCGAACCGGAACCCGUACAGCCUCACGCGCAAGCAGCGGAAAUGGCACGUCUUGAUCGGGAAAAUGCCCUGGUGCUUGUGAGUGAGCUGUUGAAGAAUCGAGGGAGAGAAAUGGCGCUUAUGAGACGCACGCUCUUUGAGGAUUUGCUAAAAGGAGGUGGAGAAUUAGUCAUGAGUUAUCGUCAGGCAAAGGAAGAGAAUGGUCCUGGAGAGUGGAAAGAGUCGGAUGAUGGGGACGCGGGACUAAAUCUACAGGGGGUGCUUGAGGAUAGUAUUCGCGAGUUUUCGUAG